AUGGCAGAUGUUCGCUCGUUACUUCGAAGUGAGCUUGCUGCUCGGAAGGGCGCACCGCAAGCAGGAACUACCGGUAAUCGAGUUACCAAGAAGCGGAAGGUCGAUAUCACGGAUGACUUGACGCGGAAAAAGAUUAAGCCUGGCGAAAAAAGCGCAGAUCCCCUAUCACCGACAGUACAUACUGUGCAGCCACCAAGCGCCCAGGCGAUCGAUGGAGUGGAUGAUGUUGAACAAAGAGCACGAGAAACUGCUAGCCUGGAACUUCCACCGGACUCGAAAGCUUCGCAAAAGCAGACCCAGGCACAAUCUGAGCCGUUGCUUGAAUCGAAUACUCCUCAAGCAAUUGAUGAGGACGAAUGGGCAGCUUUUGAGCGCGAUGUGGUGGCGCCAACUCGUGUACCCCAGGCGCCUGCUGCAGUUGCCGCUGCAGCGACGAUAUCGGCUGCACCCAUGUCGGCCGAGCAAUUGGCUGCCCAGCAAGAGGCAGAGAAGGGAACAUCGAUACAAGCACGUGAAGCUGAGAUCGAAGGGGAACGAGAGGACGCCGCUCGGUUCUUGGAGGAUGAAUUUGAUGAAAUGGAGCAGCUUGAAGAACGAAUUAGGCGAUUGAAGCAUAAGAGAGAGGAAUUGAGACGGAAACGAGCCAAGGAAGCUUCAGAGAUCCCUCAGGCAGAAGGAUCGUCCGGGAAAACACAGGGGGAACAGCAGAUUGAUGAGACUAGACAGAGCGACGAAGAAGAGAACGAUGAUGAUGACGACGAUGAUGCGGAUGACGAUGAUUGGGACAACUGGCGAUUUAGGUAA